AUGACGUUCUUUGAGUUCAAGACAACCUGGCCAUUCUCACAGCCUUCCCAUCAGUCUCCCCAGCAGUCUUUCGAGUCGGGGAUCCGCCCGCGCUUCCUGGUCAAUUGCAACUGGCUGUACACCCGCUAUAUCGUCGACUCUUUCCUAGCACCCAUUAGCCUCAACUUUGUCGUUAUUCCCGUUGGCAUGACACUAGAGCCCGGGUUGCAGCAAUCGACUAGUUCACCGACCGCGGCACCAUGA